ACUGGCUCUAACUCGAAAAUGUAUUUGAUCGAAUCCACCUUUGGCACCUUCACGUGCAAAAUCAGCAUGUGAGAAAUAAGCAGCUCUGCAUAUACGACCUGCAAAUUCCAUUUCUUUUGGGUCCAAUCCGUCUUCCUUUCAUUUGCUCGCUCUUGAAAUACACGGAACAGUAGUAAUCAGUGAGAAAUUUACACUCUCUAUUCUCCUGUAAUAUGGUGAAGAAUCUCCAGCAAAGUAUUACUGGUCUGAAAUUAUUAUGGUCGAAAUGCAGCCCUACUUCUCUUAUGGUUCUUCGAUUUUCGUCAUACGGUACCAAUUCUGGAACCCUAGCCUCUUCCUCAGCAGCUCAAAAGGAGGAGGAUGAUCUGUACCAAAGGUUAUUACCGUAUGCACCCUCUACUGUGUCCAUGACUCCAAUAAUUAACCAAUGGAUUCGCGAAGGGAAAACCGUGGAGUACACAGUCCUCAAAAAAGCUAUCAAACAGCUUAGGGCAUACCGGCGUUUCAAGCAUGCUCUCCAGAUUUAUGAAUGGAUGGACAACUCGAAGCAUCUUCAUAUAACACCUGGAGAUGUGGCAGUCCGAGUGGAUUUGAUAUCAAAAGCUCAUGGUCUGGAAGCAGCAGAGGAGUAUUUCGCUAGCAUUCCAGAUAAUCUGAGAUCUUCUUAUGUAUAUGGUGCUCUUUUGAACUGCUAUGCUGAUGCAAAAUCAUCGAUAAAAGCAGAAGGUACAAUGCAAAAGAUGAGGGAUAUGGGGGAUGCUAAUCUACUGGCUUACAAUGUUAUGAUGAACCUCUAUGCUAAAAUGAGAGACCUUGAGAAACUACACUCGUUAGUGCAAGAGAUGGAAGAUAAGGGAAUUGCUGGUAAUGUAAUCUCCUAUACUAUCCGCCUAAAUGCAUAUGCAUCUGUUCCUGAUGUAAAGGAGAUGGAGAAACUUUUGAUUAAGAUGGAAGAGAAUUCUUUGCUGAUUGAUUGGAAUGCUUAUGCAGUCGUUGCCAAUGGCUACAUUAAAGCUGGGGAUGUAGAAAAGGCUUCAGAGGUAUUGAAAAAAUGUGAGCACCUAAGUAAGGGGAAAAAUGCAAGGCUUGCUAAUGAAAGCAUUCUUUCCCUCUAUGCUAGUAUGGGUAAGAAGAAUGAUGUCUAUCGUAUAUGGAAUAAAUUAAAGAAUAGAGGUAAGGUCUACAGUUCAAGUUAUGUUUCCAUGAUAAGUGGACUGGAAAAGUUAGAUGAUAUUGAUGGUGCAGAGAAGAUAUUUGCCGAGUGGGAAGCGAAAGAGGUAUAUUUUGACGCUAGAAUUCCAAAUUUGCUCAUAGCCCUUUACUGUAGGAAGGGUCAAUUGGGAAAGGCUGAAUCUAUUAUAGAAAGACUCUUGGAGAAUGGGAAGAGGCCAAACUAUAGGACAUGGGAUCGUCUGGCAGGCGGAUAUUAUUCACACAAUCAGAUGGAGAAGGCAGUUGAAACAUUGAAGAAAGCAAUCUUGGCGAGUAUGCCACUGCGGAAACCAAAUAUUGACAGUUGGGCUCCGUGCAUUGAUUACUUGCAGUCGAAUGGAGAUGUUGAAAGAGCAGAAGAGAUUAAAAGAUUGCUCAAGGAGCGAGGCAUCUUCUCAGCAGGGUAUGAAAAAGUUGGAGAACUACAGUAGAAAUGGAAAAUGUGGGUCUGAAGAACUUGAUGAAAUGGAAGAAGAAACUUGAGGAGACGGGAUUAUGACUGUUGCAGGAAUAUCUCUAGGGUACUGGAUGGAGGAUUAAUCGUGUUAGGAUGUUAGAUCAGAAUAUUAGAACUGUUAAGUUCGUAAUAUCAGAUUGUUCACAUUUGACAAAUACCAUAUGUAUAUAGGUGGAUAUAUAUAAACAGGUUGAGGAAAGAGGAUUAUAUAAAACUGGGAAAAUACAUUUCUGAUGUUGUUUUCAGUAGCUAUCCAAGGGGGUGGUUUAUGUUUGGUUUGAUCUAUUUUCAGCCUAAGUAGGAAUACAUAUUGAUAAACUGAAGGCUUAUGUAAGUGCUUUUUAUUAAGCACACCUGAAGCAGCUCCUAUUAGCUUUGGUCUACCAAUCAAACUACUAUGGUCCAGUACAUUUCCAGGCAAAACUUCAGUUUCUUCAUAAUCCUAGGGAGGUUCAUAUGCAAGCUGUCAAAAGAAUAUUUCGGUAUAUUGGAGGUACUGCUGAUUGGGGGUUGCAACUUACCAGAAAUACCUCUCUCUCUCUCUCUUAAAGUGUAUUCCGAUUCCGAUUGGGCUGGUUGCUUUGCGACACGUAGAUCAACUACUGGUUUUUGUAUUUUUCUUGGCGAUAAUCUUAUUUCUUGGUCAGCUAAGAAGCAACCUACAGUGGCUCGCUCUAGCACCGAGGCAGAAUAUCGAGCUCUUGCCGUUGCAGUUGCUGAAGUUACUUGGCUUCAGUAUCUCUUACGUGAUCUUCAUGUUCCUCUUUGCUCACCAGUAAUGGCUAAAUGUGAUAAUGUUGGAGCUAUUCAUCUUGCGCACAACCCGGUUUUCCACUCUCGAUCUAAGCAUGUAGCACUGGAUUAUCAUUUUGUUCGUGAAAAGGUCAACCUAGGAGACUUGCUUGUUUCUCAUGUUUCCACUUCUCAUCAACUUGCUGACUUGUUUACCAAAGUUCUGCCAUCUGCUAGGUUCCACGAGCUCCUAACCAAGCUUUGUGUUCGUUCCUCCCCUUCAGCUUGAGGGAGGGUGUUAGGAUGUGAUAAUGUUGUAAAGUUGUAGGACUCUAGAUAUGCAUAACAACCUAGUAUAGUUGUACACGUUUUGUAUAUAUUUGUUGUUAUCUCUAUUGUAACUUGCUAAUAUAAAUACAAAGCCGGGCAGUAGCCAACGCACAGCUUUGGCAUUGUCAAACUCUUCUCUACUAUUAGUCUUUGUCUCUCAAAACUUCUCUUUCAUCAUUCGGGCUCGACCAUUGAACUUUUUAUGGAAGAUAAAGUGAUUUACCGUC